AUGACAUCCAUGAACCACGUUCUAUCUAGAUACGCCACUCGUCGAGCGAGACUAGAAGCCAGUAAAAACCCCUACGCCAAGGGCAUCGCCUGGGUUGAAGGACAACUCGUUCCCCUCAGGGAGGCCCGCAUCCCCCUAGUCGACCAAGGCUUUCUGCGCAGUGAUUUGACCUACGAUGUCAUCGCCGUUUGGGACGGCCGGUUCUUUCGCCUAGACGACCACCUCUCUCGACUUGAAUUGGCCUGCGUGAAGCCGCGUCUCAAGUUGCCUAUAUCCCGCGAUGAAGUGAAGAAAACCCUGGGUAGUAUGGUCGCUCAAAGCGGUAUGCGGGACGCAUAUGUGGCUCUGAUUGUGACGCGGGGACUGCAGAGCGUUCGCGGUGUCAAGCCGGAGGAUCUGGUAAACAACCUGUACAUGCUUGUGCAACCCUAUGUCUGGGUCAUGGAUCCAGAGGUCCAACGGAUCGGUGGAAGUGCUAUUAUUAUGCGAACUGUUCGUCGGGUCCUUCCAGGGGCUAUCGACCCUACCGUGAAGAACUUACAAUGGGGUUCGAUGUACCCGUUCUUGACGGAUGGAGAUGGCCAUCUCACGGAGGGAUCCCGUUAUAAUAUUGUUCUGAUCAAGGACGGUGCGAUUUAUACGCCUGAUCGCGGUGUGCUACAUGGUGUCACCAGGACAAGUGUCAUUGAUGUUGCACGAGCUUGUGGGAUCCAAGUUCACCUCGAGGCUCUGCCGGUCGAGUUGGCGUAUCAGUGUGAUGAAAUUUUCAUGUGCACGACAGCGGGUGGAAUCAUGCCCAUCACAGAGUUGGAUGGGAAGCCUGUGAAUCGGGGGCAGAUUGGUCCGGUCACGAAGAAGAUCUGGGACGGGUAUUGGGCUAUGCAUUAUGACCCAGCCUACAGCUUCGCAGUCAGAUAUGAUGAUGAAGGAUCAAAGGCCAAGCUGUGAUUGUAGGGAAGUGACGAUGGCUGUGAUUCAGAUGUUGCAUACCCCGUAGCGUGGUGGACUAUCUGGCGCCCUUCUUUUGAGGACUUGUGAGUCCCUGUCAAGUGUUGGCCCCCGAGUGUCUACCGUAGACAGUAUAUCCACUCCCGGGAUGAUUAUAGCCUCCCUCGAUUACCAAACAUUUUCACUGCCCGGAAUCUGAAGAGGUUCCCCGAGAAGCGAUGACUGAUGGAGACGACCAAGCCGGCUGUAGAUCAGUACCGUUACUUGUCUCUGGGCUAGAUAAAGCGACUCUAUGCAGGGCCAAUUUGAAGACGUUAGGAUCAGCAUGAGCAUGAGAAUUCUGACACCUGAAUUAUAGAAGACCUCACUGGAGUAGAUCGAUAUCGACUCUUUAAAUAGCCGAAUGGACAAGGUUGAAGACAACGGCAUCACUCUGAUGGCACCCAAUGAGCAUGAGUCAUUGACUCGAUGUACUUGCUAUGGCGACUCAUGUGGGAGCA